AUCCACAUUCUCUCCAAUGCCUCCAACCAGAAAGGACAAGAAAAAACCCCCGACUUUUAAUCACUUCCCCCCCACAAGAGCGAAGGCUCUGAAGCAGGCAUGGGUAGAGAAAGCCAAAAUCAAGAGUAAAUGGAAGGCAGAAAAACGCAAAAUGGGUCUUGCGCAAGCGCCGGAGAAUCCUGUACAGGAAGGAGAUGCUACGAACGAGAUUAAUCAAAUUGAGCAACAGCACGUCACUGAGCGCGAAGUUCAGGUUGAUACUUCCAAGGAACUUCGCACUUCCUCUCGACCGCGCAAAGGAAAAGACUCGACUGCUCAGGAAACUCAAAAUAUCAGAAGAGAUCAUGUAGAAUCCUCACAAUCGGGUGGUCUACGUGAAUUAGCACGGAAAGCGUAUUCUCGCGAAUCAUUGCAUACCUACAAAUCCGACCCCCUCAAACGUCGGUCGAACGGGGAACAUGUGAAGAAAGGUGGCGGUAGAGGACAGCCCAACAUGAAAUUACGGAUGAAUGCCAUGCUUGAGAAGAUUCAAAGGGAUUACUCAUAAGUAUCUAGCAUUUUCUUUAUUUUCAUCUACGGCCAUGGAAUCCUCGGAAUC